ACGAAAAACCCUGAGCCUCCUUGUCGACAAAAAUCCCAUCACUGAAUCUCUCUACCGGUUCUUGUCCAUUUCUGCAAAUUUGGCGAAUUGAGUUCUUAAAUCUACUUCUAAGCUUACCCUUUUCUUGAAUAGGGGUGAAAAAGAGGAUCUUGGAUUGUAAGCUCCAUCAUUCAUUAACUGCUGCAUAUAAUCUUCAGGUGGAAUUUGAGUCACGGAUCCUGCAGUCUUGUUAACUUGGAUGAAAGCUAUUUGGCACAAGAAAUGCAGUCUCUGUUCUUCAUCUAGGUUAUUUUCAUCUUCAGUUCAAUGGAUUUCUCCUCUGCAUUACCAGGGAAGGAAUUCCCUGAGGCCAGAUGCUCCUAUCAAGAGAGACGGCACUUCAGAACAAUUGCCAAGAAAACGCAAGUAUAUAUCUCAUGAAUCUGCAGUCAAUUUGAUAAAACAAGAGAGGGAUGCACGACGUGCCCUGGAGAUCUUUAACAAGGUUUCUGAUCAGAAGGGUUUCAAUCACAAUAACUCCACCUAUGCUGUUCUUCUCCAUAGACUUGCUGUUUGCAAGAAAUUCGAAACAGUUGAUGCUAUUAUUCAUCAGAUGAAAUAUGAAACUUGCAAGUUUCAUGAAGGCGUAUUUACUAAUCUCAUGAAGCAUUACUCCAAAUCCUCUCUCCACGAAAAGGUUCUAGAGAUGUUCAAUGCAAUCUUGCCUAUUGUUCGGGAAAAGCCUUCCCUCAAUGCCAUUAGCACAUGUCUGAAUCUGCUUAUUGAAGCAAAACAGAUUGAACUGGCGAAGGAAUUUCUCUUAAACGUGCAGAAGCAUCUAGAUUUGAAGCCCAAUACCUGCAUUUUCAAUAUCCUGGUCAAGUAUCACUGCCGAAAAGGGGAUGUUGAAGCUGCAUUUGUAGUAGUGGAAGAGAUGAGGAAGUCCAGAGUUUCUCAUCCUAACUUGAUUACUUACAGCACCCUCAUGGAUGGCUUAUGCCGCUGUGGAAGGCUUCAAGAUGCACUUGACCUUUUUGAGAAAAUGCUUGCUAAGGAUCAGAUUCCGCCAGAUGCAUUGACUUACAAUAUCUUAAUAAAUGCAUUUUGUCGGGCAGGAAAGGUGGAUAGAGCUAGGAACAUAAUAGGAUUCAUGAGGAAAAAUGGAUGUCAGCCAAAUAUAGUUAAUUACACAGCUUUGAUGAAUGGAUUUUGUAAGGAAGGAAGAGUUGGAGAUGCCAAGGAGGUAUUUCACGAGAUGAAGGGAGUAGGCCUAAAACCUGAUGUAGUAGGAUAUACAACAUUAAUAAAUUCCUUCUGUAGGGCUGGUAAAGUUGACAAAGGCAUUGAGUUGCUAGAAGAAAUGAAAGAUAAAGGGUGCAAAGCUGAUGAUGUGACAAUAAAAAUCAUACUCGGGGGAUUGUGCAGAGCCUCCAGAUCAAGUGAAGCUUUCGAUAUGCUUGAGAGGUUACCUUAUGAUGGUGUCCAUCUAAGUAAGGAAAGUUACAGGAUCGUGUUAAAUUUCUUGUGUAAAGAAGGUGAGCUAGAAAAGGCGAUGGACUUGUUGGGUUUGAUGUUGGCUAGACGAUUUGUGCCCCAUUUUGCUACGUCAAAUGAAUUGAUAGUUCAACUAUGUGAGGCUGGAAAGGCAGCUGAUGCAGCUUUGGCAUUGUUUGGGCUGUUAGAGAUGUCGUUUAAGCCAGAGCCUCGGACAUGGAGUAUGUUGAUAGAUGUUAUAUGCAGGGAAAGAAAGUUGUUGCCUGCAUUUCAAUUACUUGAUGAGUUGGUUCUGCAUUAGUUACUACUCACAUGUGUUGUGAUUUUAGGCACUUUGUAUUCUUCUUCAGUGACUUUUUUUAUAAAGAAGAUAGUUGAAUAUGCCAAUUUCGGCGUCA